CGUACAGCUGCAAUAUAAUCAUCGCGGUUUGCGCGUAGGCGUGUGACUUGCCGAUAAUAUCCAAUUAAUAACCUUCGAACAUGGACAAGGAUCCAAAAUGUGUGGAGUACUCUCGCUCUCUGGAAAUGAUACAGCGAUCGAAAUGGAUAAAUAAAUAUCGAAAAAAGCCGGCGAAACCUCGACGUCCAUCACCCCGCUGGAACAUUUUUGGCGAGGAUGGAAAGCUCGAAUACCCACCAGGAGAAUGCAUUAAGGCGCACGACGACAAGCUAAAACACGAAUUGGAGGAACAUGAGAAGAUGGCAAAAAGACUUUUUGAGAAUACUAUCAGUUUGAAGGAACUUCGGGAUAAAUACCAGACAGACAACAGUGCAAAGUCCAGAAGCAGGCGUAAGCGGAUGCGUCAGCCGACCAACGAACACUUGGAUGAACAAAGUUUUUAUAAUAAAGAAGCCGAUAUGCCUAGAAGUAUUGAUAGCCAGUUUGAAGAGAUAAAAAAAUUAUUUGAAAAAGAAAUGCAAAGUCGAAUACUGGAACCUGAACAAUUGGAAAAAAUUAAGGCUUUAAAAACUCACUGUACAUUUCCGACUGAACCGUAUGAUUGGAAUAAUUUAAGAGAAAUAAAGAAGCGAAUCAGUAGAGAGUUACUCAAAUCUGAGAAUUUUCGCAAAAACUUAAAGCUCAUCGAGAAAGAAAUAAUAACAGAACACAAAAAAAGUUCCCGAUCAUUUUUAAUAAAUUACUUACUGAGCGAUCCACGUCAACGAAAAUUCUUAAAUAUCAGUAACGUGCCGAUGGAGUGGCCAACAUUUAUAAUUCGAGCUCCAGUGCCUUGGCAUCAAAUGAAAGUUGUCGCAACUCAUUUUAUGGAACAUAAUCUCUUCAUCACAAAUGAAAUAUCUCGUGCUAUUUGUUCAAUUUGGCACGAGAGAUACGCUUCAAUGAAAAUCGUCGAUUUGAAGGAAUUUGGAAAAUUUCCAAUUCGGGGAAGCGAAUUUUUCAGUCAAGUGGAACGAAUCUGCCAGGCAACGAAGAGACGUAUAAUCGAGGAAUGGUUCGCAGAAGUAGCUGAACUCUUCUUCGAGAGAAAAGAUGCCUGGGCCGGUCUUUUUGAUAAAAGUUCCAAUGCGUCCACUCAUCAGGUGGAAAAGUAUUUUCGCAGCAUAAAUGCUCUCCUGUCUCAGCAACUACGAUUUAUAGUUUUGGACACGUUGCGUUAUUUCCGAGAUUUUAUCAUUCAGUACAGCAAUGGUAAUUCAUUUGAAGGAGAAUAUAAUGACUUUAUUUUUUCACGAAAGCCGUUUAUUACGAUCAAUGUACAAUCCACGCGACAAAAUAAUGAAUUAGAAUGCCAACCAACAGUAUCAGCUAUGUAUAACAUCUUAUCAGAAUGUUUCAAUACAAUAAUGAGUAUAACUUCAAGCAUACCAUGCAUAGAGAAUAUGAUAUUUCCUGAAUUAGACAAAAAGUCAUUUCUCUUUCCUGUUAAUCGAUCGGAACAAGAUGUAAAUGAAAUUAUUAAUUCAGCCUUAGCGAUUGUAACUCUGAACGAAGAAGGUCCUCGAUUAUAUUUACAAAAAUAUAUACCAUAUUAUUACCUCUUAGAUGGUACAGAUAAAGACAUGAUUAAAUAUUACUUGCAGUCUAACCCAGUUUUGCGCGACAUAAGUAGUAAAAUUCAUGAAUACGAUGAAAUAAGAAUGAAAAUGUAUUUACUUCGCAAUAAGGUUCGUUUAAAUAUGAUAGAAAUCGAUUGUACUGAUCUAAACGAGCAUCUUAGAAAUAUUUUAUAUGAGCUUCGCACUUCGAUUUGUGAGCAUUAUCUUGAUAAAAUUCGCACUAUCAAUACUGAUCUUUGUAUUAGUUUCGAUUAUAUAGCUGAACGUAUUGCUGGAAUGCCAGAAGUUACACGUGACGUUGUUGAGCUCUACAAUUAUCUUGUGGAGAGUCGAGAUUCUACAAUGUUCAAUCUGCGUGUACAACUAACGCAAAGCGUUGAGUUUUUACUAUUUCUGGUUCAACAUCAAACAUUCUUUAAACCUGAGGAUAUUGCAUUAACGACCAGAGCUCUAAAUUGGCCUCGUGAAAUGGAGACAAUGAUGGAACUAGCUACAACUAAGCUUGACAUGCGUAAAGAUUUCAUGGAGGGUCUAUUGAAAAAGCGACGCUUAAUUUUCGAUAGUAAAAUUCAUGAAUUCUCAUUGAAAAUAGAUAUUUUUAAAAGAAAAGAUCCACCGAUUCUUUCUAUGAGCGAAAUAAUUGCAGCCACUAAUGAAAUUGAAAAUUUAUCUGAUGAAAUGCGUGAAAUUGAGAAAGAAGGGGAGGCAAUAAAUAUUGAAGAAUCUCUAUUGGACUUGGAUAUAAGUCCUUAUCUGACGAUAGCUUCUAUGUCCUCAAUCGUGAAUACGUUCGAUCAACUUUGGCAUGGUAUCCUCGACUUCAACAAAAACUAUGACAACUGGAUGUACGCACCCUUUCGAAGUCUCGAUGCUACAAAAAUUAAAGAACAGACCGAUAGUACAUGGAGGAUGCUUUACAAAUUAAUACGUAAGCUUGUAGACUUACCAAGUGCUAAAAGAAUUGCCGAGAUAUCUCGCACCAAAGUUGAAAAAUUUAGGCAAUUUUUGCCGUUAUUGCAAAGUAUUUGUAAUCCUGGAUUACAACUCCGUCAUUGGGAAAAUAUUAGCGAGGUCAUUGGUAUUGAUAUUAACUUGAAACCAACAAGUAGUCUUUCGGAUAUGAUUGAGACCGGAUUGCAUAUUCAUGUUACUAUAUUGGAAGAAAUUUCAUCGGGAGCCUCGAAGGAGCAUGCGUUAGAGCAGAACUUGAAAAACAUGCAAGAAGAGUGGAAUAGCGUGGCAUUUGAAUUAAUUCUCUAUCGAGAAACUGGCGUAAAUGUACUCUCGUCUGUUGACGAUAUUCAACUGCUUUUAGACGAUCAAAUUCUAAAAGCCCAAACAAUGCGUGGCUCGCCUUUCAUUAAAGCCUUUGAAGAGGAAAUGCAAGUUUGGGAGGAGAAACUUAUCUCAAUGCAAGACAUAAUUGACCAGUGGAUUAAAUGUCAAGCUACUUGGAUGUAUCUGGAGCCAAUUUUCAGUAGCGAGGAUAUAAUGCGUCAAAUGCCUACCGAGGCUAAAUAUUUUCGCAACGUCGACAAAAUAUGGCGUUCCAUUAUGUCUGAUGUUACGAAUAAUCCAGAUGUUCUUAUAGCAACAGGUAUACCAGAAAUGCUUGAAAUGUUCAAAACUUGCAACAAAUUUCUCGAAGAGAUCCAAAAAGGGCUUAAUGAUUAUCUAGAAAAGAAGAGGCUUUUUUUCCCUCGAUUUUUCUUCUUAUCAAAUGAUGAGCUAUUAGAAAUUUUAUCCGAGACUAAAGAUGCACAAAAGGUUCAGCCACAUUUGAAAAAGUGUUUCGAGGGUAUCAAAAAGUUGCAGUUUAUUAAUGAAAACGAAAUUAUUGGAAUGAUGUCGGAAGAAGAAGAAUAUGUUCCCUUUAGUGGAAAAAUUUAUCCUGUUGAUGCUAAAGGCAUGGUAGAAAAGUGGCUUUCCCAAGUAGAACAAUUAAUGAAAACUUCUCUAAAAGAGAUAGUACAAGAUAGUGUAAUCGCAUACUUCGAUACGAUACGAGAAGAGUGGAUAGUGUCUUGGCCAGGUCAAAUAGUUCUUUGUGCAAGCCAAAUUCACUGGACGAGCGAAGUUUGUGAAUCUUUCGAUACCGAUUCGACGAAAGACUAUUUUAAAAAAUGUAGUGGACAAAUCGAUAAAACGGUAGCGCUUGUUCGAGGUAAACUGUCAGCUGGCUCAAGAAUAACAUUAAAUGCUUUGAUCGUUAUUGACGUUCAUGCUAGGGAUGUGCUGAAACUCCUUAUCGAAAAAAAGGUUAAAGAUGUUUUAGACUUUAACUGGAUAGCACAACUAAGAUACUACUGGUUCGAGAAUAAUGUAAUUGUGUCGAUGAUUACGACAGAUAUUGAUUAUGGAUUCGAGUAUCUCGGAAAUAGCCCGAGACUUGUAAUAACACCGUUAACAGAUCGUUGCUACAGAACACUGAUGGGAGCUUUAAAAUUGAAUCUUGGUGGAGCACCAGAAGGUCCAGCUGGUACCGGAAAGACUGAAACAGCUAAAGAUUUAGCCAAGGCUGUCGCUAAACAAUGCGUCGUGUUUAAUUGCUCAGAGGGUCUGGAUUAUGCGGCUAUGGGGAAAUUCUUUAAAGGUUUGGCACAGUCAGGUGCUUGGGCCUGUUUUGAUGAAUUCAACCGAAUCGAACUCGAAGUUCUUUCUGUUAUUGCACAACAGAUAUCAUCGAUUCAGAUGGCAGUUGCACAGCAUUUAGAGUAUUUCAUGUUUGAGGGUACAGAACUCAAGUUAAAUCCAAAUUGUAAUGUUAUUAUAACAAUGAAUCCAGGUUACGCUGGAAGGCAAGAGUUACCAGAUAAUUUGAAAGUUCUCUUCCGAACAUGCGCUAUGAUGGUUCCAGAUUAUGGAAUGAUAGGCGAAAUCACACUUUACUCUUAUGGCUUUGUUGAUGCUCGUCCUCUAGCUGAAAAAAUUGUCCAUACUUACAAGCUUUGUUCCGAGCAGCUUAGUUCACAGAGCCAUUACGAUUACGGGAUGAGAGCCGUGAAAACUGUUCUAGUAGCUGCUGGAAAUUUAAAACUAAAAUACCCAACACAAGACGAAUCCAUAUUAGUACUACGAGCAAUCGUCGAUGUGAAUAUACCGAAAUUCUUGGCUCAAGAUUUACCGCUAUUCGCUGGAAUUUAUAGUGACCUGUUCCCAGGCGUCAAUUUACCUACUCCAGAUCGCGAUGAACUUUUAGAAUUGAUAAAAAUUGAAUUAAUAAAGAAAAAUUUACAACCCACGCCCUGGUAUCUUGACAAAAUUAUACAGAUUUAUGAAAUGAUUCUAGUAAGACACGGACUUAUGAUUGUCGGCGAUACUUUAGCUGGAAAGACUUCAGCAUAUCAGAGUCUUGCUAAUGCACUUGGAGAAUUAUCGACUAAUCGUCACGCUGCGAUUAAGGAAAUGCGAGUGACUUACAGAAUUAUUAAUCCAAAAGCAAUAACGUUGGGGCAAAUGUAUGGAAGCUUUGAUCCGAUCUCCCACGAAUGGAGCGAUGGAGUAUUGGCCAAUACAUUUCGUGAAUUCGCCCAGUCAACGUCUUUAGAGCGUAAAUGGAUUAUUUUUGAUGGGCCUGUUGAUGCAAUCUGGAUAGAGAAUAUGAAUACCGUAUUGGAUGACAAUAAAAAAUUAUGUCUCAUGUCUGGGGAAAUAAUACAAAUGUCCUCGAAAAUGAACAUGAUAUUUGAACCUGCUGAUCUCGAGCACGCGUCACCCGCAACUGUCAGCAGAUGCGGCAUGAUUUAUAUGGAGCCAUCUCAACUUGGCUGGAUGACCUUUUUCGAAUCUUAUAAAGUACAUUUGAAGAAUAAAUUACUGCCUGAUCAGCUUGAACUCGUUUGUGACAUAAUCGAAUGGUUACUCGAUCCAAUAUUUUACUUCAUUAAAACAAAUUGUCGAACCUUCAUCACUAUUAGCGAACUCCAUAUGUUUCUGUCCUUUACAAAACUGUUAAAUACAUUAUUGGACAAAGAAUUGCAAGUUAGCACACUGUGGCUUCAAUGCGUAUUGAUUUUUAGUAUAGUUUGGGGAAUUUGCUCAACAUUAGUUAGUGAUAGUAAAAAACUUAUUGAUGUAUUUAUCAGAAAAAUAUUAUUGGGAAACGAUGCGAAUUAUCCAAAGCCAAAAAUCUUCAAAUUAACAAAGCAGCAGCUUUUUCCUGAACGUGGCACUAUUUUUGAUUGGAUGUACGAUAAAAAGAAUAACGGUACAUGGAUAUCUUGGAUGGAUACUGCACAUCAGGCAUCCUUACCAUCCAAAGCAAAAUUGAGUGAUAUAAUUGUGCAAACAAAUGAUAUGUUAAUGCAGAAUUAUUUUCUUUCGCUCUAUAUGGAAAAUGGAAUUUCUACAUUAUUUGUUGGUCCGACCGGUACUGGCAAAUCUACCGUUAUACUAAAUUACAUGCUAAGUCUUUCCAAAAAUAAAUACGUACAAAAUACUCUUAACUUCAGUGCGCGAACCAGUGCCAAUCAAACCCAAGACAUUGUAAUGUCCAAACUAGAUCGCCGAAGAAAGGGAGUUUAUGGUCCCGCUAUGGGUAAAAAGUGUGCCCUGUUUGUGGAUGAUCUGAGUAUGCCUAUGCUUGAAACGUAUGGAGCUCAACCACCGAUUGAACUUUUAAGGCAAUGGAUUGAUCAUGGGUACUGGUUCAAUCCUAAAGAUACGAGUAAAUUAUAUCUGGUUGAUAUACUUUUUUUGGCAGCGAUGCUUCCACCUGGUGGGGCUUCUAAUAAAAUCACUACGAGAUUUACGAGGCAUUUAAGUAUUAUUGGCAUUGAUGCAUUCGAUGAUACUACAAUGACAAAAAUUUUCGGAACUAUAUUAGAAUGGCACUUUGAGCAUGACUUUGACCACAAUGUUAGCAGAAUAGGAAAAAUGAUGCUAUCAGCAACAAUAGAGGUUUAUCGGAAAGCUAUUGCUUCUUUUCUGCCAAUUCCAAGUAAAAGUCAUUAUACGUUUAAUUUGCGAGACUUCAGUCGCGUUAUGGGAGGGAUUCUGUUAGUCCCAAGUACGAGAUUGAAAACGCCAGAAAAGCUUAUAAAAUUAUGGAUCCAUGAGAUUUAUAGAGUUUUUCACGAUCGACUCGUUGAUGUAGAAGAUCGCGAAUGCUUAUUUACUAUGGUUAAGAGUGCCUGUUACGAAAAUCUUCGGCAACCCAUUGAUAAAAUAUUAGAAAAUCUCCUCAUACCCGGGGAUAAUGAGAUCACAAGCAAGCAUAUGGGCAAUUUACUUUUCGGAAAUUACAUGGAUCCUGAUGCUGAUCCUAAAAUUUAUGAUGAAAUAUCAGACUUUGAAAUAUUAAAGGAAAGAAUGGAUUAUUAUCUUAUGGAAUUUAAUAAUCUGUCGAAAACACCGAUGGCGUUAGUUAUGUUCCGUUAUGUUAUUGAGCACAUAUCUCGCAUUUCGCGCGUCCUUCAACAGGAUAAUGGACAUGUACUUCUUAUUGGCGUCGGUGGCUCUGGACGUACAUCGUGCACGCGAUUAGCAACGAAUAUGUGCGAAUACAUGAUGUACACAAUUGAAAUAACGCGGUCCUAUGGAGUUACUGAAUGGCAAAACGAUCUCAGAAGUCUGCUACUACGUUCAGGAUGUGAUGGAAAGCAAACAGUAUUUCUUUUUAAUGAUAAUCAAAUUAAGGACGAAUCCUUUUUAGAAGAUUUAAGUAUGCUUCUUAAUUCAGGCGAUGUGCCUAAUUUGUAUGGAUCCGAGGAGAAAGCAGAGAUUUUGGAAAAAAUGGCAAAUGUCGCAAGGGAGGCUCAAGUUAAAAAUCCAAUUCCAGAGAAACAGAUGGAAACAAGUCCAAUGGCUCUGUACGGUAUAUUUACGGAACGUGUAAGAAAAAAUGUACAUGUUACUGUGGGAAUGUCACCGAUUGGCGACGCAUUCCGAGUGCGAUUACGUAUGUUCCCAUCGUUAAUAAACUGCUGUACUAUUGAUUGGUUUACAUCUUGGCCAGACGAAGCCCUUCAGAAGGUUGCCAAAUAUUUCCUUCAAGAUCUACCUAUUAACGAUGAGGUCAAACUCAAUUGUGUUGAUGUUUGUCAACACUUUCAUUUAAGUGUUUGCAAAGCCACCGAGGAUUACUGGAAAUCCCAACGGCGCCGAAUCUAUGCUACGCCUACAAAUUAUCUCGAGCUUAUCAACUGUUUAAACAAACUGUAUAAUAACAAGGUUGAGGAUGUCAAGAAACAGCAGUUACGUUAUGUGGUUGGAUUGGAGAAACUUGAAUUUGCAGCGGGUCAAAUCUUCGUGAUGCAAGAAGAAUUGCAGGCACUUCAGCCAAAACUAGUAAUACAGUCACAACUUAGUGACAAACUUAUGAUAAAAAUUGAACAAGAUACUGUAAACGUCGAGGCCAAGAAAGAGGUUGUGGCAGCUGAUGAAGCAUUGGCUAACGAGGCUGCAGCAGCCGCUCAAGCCAUUAAAGACGAUUGUGAGAGCGACUUGGCUGAGGCGACGCCUGCACUUGAAGCUGCUUUAGCUGCUCUUGAUACACUUAAACCUGCGGAUAUCACUAUCGUUAAGUCUAUGAAAAAUCCUCCCGCAGGAGUUCGACUUGUUUUAGAAGCAGUUUGUAUUAUUAAGGGUGUGAAACCAGAUCGAGUAUUAGAUUCUACUACCGGAAGUAUGAUAGAAGAUUAUUGGCCACCCUCUGUCAGAUUACUCGGAGAUAUCAAAUUUCUUGAGAGUUUGAAAUUCUUUGAUAAGGAUAAUAUAUUGCCAGCCAAUAUGAAGAAGAUAAGAGAUAAAUUUAUAAAAGAUCGUGGCUUUCAACCGGAAGUUAUAAAAAAAGUUUCAACUGCUUGCGAAGGCCUGUGUAAAUGGGUUAGAGCAAUGGAAGUUUAUGACAGAGUAAUUAAAGUUGUUGCGCCAAAGAAAGCGAUACUUGCUGAGGCAGAAGCUGAACUUGCUGUGCAAAUGGAGACUUUAAAUGCCAAGCGUGCCUUGCUUCAAGAAGUAAGCGAUAAGCUGCAGCAACUAAACGAUGAAUUUGCCGAGUGUAUGCGCGAAAAAAAGAAACUAGAAGAUCAGAUCGAGCAGUGCGUGCAGAAAUUAGACAGAGCUGAAAAACUCAUAGGAGGUUUGGGAGGGGAAAAAUCACGGUGGAGCGAAGCCGCGGAAAUUCUUGGUGCCAGUUUGAAAAAUGUCAUUGGCGAUAUUCUUCUCGCCUCCGGAAUUAUCGCCUACCUUGGAGCUUUCACCGUUUUUUAUCGAGACUCUCUUAUUAAUGAUUGGCACACAGUUUGCCUAAAACUCGAUAUACCUUGCUCUCCCCCACCAUUCAAUCUUGCUGAAAUACUGGGUGAUCCUGUUGAAAUCCGUUCCUGGCUUAUUUCUGGCUUGCCAUCCGAUAAAUUUUCUGUGGAAAAUGGAAUUAUUAUUAAGAUAGCAAAUCGUUGGCCUUUAAUGAUAGAUCCUCAGGUGCAGGCAAAUAAGUGGAUUAAAAAGUUGGAAAAAGAAAACAAAUUAAGUGUAAUAAAAUUAACAGAUUCGAAUUAUACAAGAGUUAUUGAAACUGCAGUGCAAUUAGGUUUGCCAGUACUAUUAGAAAAUAUUUUAGAAGAGAUCGAUUCAUUGUUGGAGCCAAUUUUACUAAAGAAUCUUUUUAUGCAACAUGGACUUCAUUAUAUAAAGUUUGGAGAAAACACAAUUGAGUACAAUAUGAAUUUUCGAUUAUAUAUAACUACCAGGUUACGAAAUCCGCAUUACCUCCCCGAACUUACUGUUAAAGUAAAUUUACUCAACUUCACAUUAACGCCACAUGGUCUGCAAGAUCAACUUCUUGGUAUCGUCGUUGCCAAAGAGCUUCCAAUUCUAGAAGAGAAAAAAAAUCGUUUAAUUAUAGAGAGUGCAAAUAAUAAGCGUAUCUUGAAAGAAAUCGAAGAUAAAAUACUGCAAAUACUUUCUAGUAGCGAAGGCAAUAUCCUUGAGGACGAAACCGCAAUAAAAAUACUUUCAUCCUCCAAGAUUCUUUCUGAAGACAUUAUGGCUAAGCAAAAAAUAGCUGCUGAAACAUCUCAAGAUAUUGAUAGAGCUAGAGGUGGCUACAAACCAGUUUCACAUCAUGCCACUACUCUCUUUUUCUGUAUUUCAGAAUUAACAAAUAUUGAGCCAAUGUAUCAAUAUUCCUUACCAUGGUUUCUACGCUUAUUUUCAAAUAUUUUCAGCGAAAAGUCACAAAUAUCAAUGACAGCAACGAAUUAUUUGGAAGUUCGUAUUGCUACAUUGAAUAAUAUUUUUACUGGUUCAAUAUAUCGGAACGUUUGUCGUUCGCUUUUUGAAAAAGAUAAAUUAAUAUUUUCCUUAAUACUUUGUGUCGGGAUUUUACGAGGCAAUAAUCAACUUGAAGAAGAUUUAUGGUCAUUUUUGCUGACUGGUGGCAUUGCUAUAAGCAAUCCAUAUCCAAAUCCAGCUUCUAGCUGGUUAUCAGACAAGUCAUGGGCUGAAUUAGUUAGGGCAAGUUCAUUAAAUAGCUUAAAAAAAUUAAAAGAUUUAUUUAUAGAGAAUAUUGAUGACUGGAAAAUGUAUUAUGAUUUACAAAAUCCUGAUGAAAAUGUAAUGCCCAUACCCUUUAACGAGCUAUCAGAAGACAAUUUAGAGAGACUAGUUCUUUUAAGAUGUGUAAGACCAGAUAAACUAGUUCCAGCUAUUCGAAGUUUUAUCAUUACCAAAAUGGGCCAAUCAUUCACUGAGCCUCCGUCUUUUGAAUUGAAAGAUUCUUACAUGGAUUCGAACAACGUAACGCCUCUGAUCUUUAUAUUAUCUCCAGGUUCCGAUCCAAUGACCGGUUUAAUCAAAUUUGCGGAGGAUCUUGGCAUUUCAGCGAAGCAUCUGAAAUCAAUAUCGCUGGGUCAAGGUCAAGGCCCAGUUGCUAUUGCUGCUAUAAACGAAUCCAUAAAAACUGGCGAUUGGCUUGUAUUACAAAACUGCCAUUUAGCUGAAUCGUGGAUGCGUGAACUCGAUCGAAUAUGUGACGAAGUUAUUACACCCAUGAAUACACAUCCUAAAUUCCGACUUUGGCUGACCAGUUACCCCUCAAAGGCAUUUCCCGUAGCAGUAUUGCAAAAUUCAGUUAAAAUGACUAAUGAGCCCCCAAAAGGCUUACGCAGCAAUCUAAUGCGCAGUUACAUCAGCGACCCUAUAUCUAACCCAAGCUUUUUCAAUGAAAAUAAUAAAUUGUUGGAGUGGCGCAAAUUACUCUUCUCACUUUCAAUCUUUCACGCUAUUGUUCAAGAAAGAAGAAGUUUUGGACCUCUCGGGUGGAACAUUCCUUACGAGUUUAAUGAAUCGGAUUUACGUAUUAGUUUGAAACAAUUGCAAAUGUUUUUAAACGAAUACGAUGAUAUACCGUUUGAAGCGCUGCUCUAUUUAAUAGGAGAGUGUAACUAUGGCGGUCGUGUUACGGAUGACAAAGACAGAAGACUUUUAAAUUCUUUGCUUCGAAAAUAUUUUAAUCCUGAUGUCCUUCACUCAGAAUAUUCAUUUUCUCCAAGUGGAAUUUAUCAUUUGCCCGGCGACAUUAAUUACGAAGGCUAUAUCAGUUAUAUUCAAAGUUUGCCUAUUAAUCAGCUUCCUGAAGUUUUUGGACUUCACGAUAAUGCAAAUAUCACCAAAGAUAAUCGCGAAUCGAUGCAAUUACUUUUCGGUGCUUUACAAACUCAAACGCAAUUAGGUGGGGAGUCUGAAUCGGUUCAAAGUAACGAAUUAGUAGUGUUUGAUUUAGCUGACGAAAUAUUAAAAAAAAUGCCCGAACAAUUUAAUACUGAGUAUGUGGAAGAACGCUUUCCAGUUAUUUAUGAAAACAGUAUGAACACUAUACUCAGGCAAGAAGUUAUUAGAUUCAACAGAUUGACUGAAAUCAUAAAAAGCAGUUUAAUUAAUUUAAAGAAGGCGAUAAAAGGGCAAAUCAUUAUGUCAUCAAAUUUGGAAGAAAUUUUUACUAGUGCAAGCAUUGGUCGAGUACCUACAGUUUGGGAAAAGAAAUCCUAUCCAACACUAAAGCCCCUAAGUAGCUACAUUGAUGACUUGCUUGAAAGAAUCAAAUUUCUUCAACGUUGGAUUGAUAAUGAUGCGCCAAAUGUUUUCUGGCUUUCUGGUUUCUUUUUUACACAAUCAUUUCUAACCGGAGUAUUACAGAAUUAUGCACGUAAGCACACAAUACCUAUAGAUCAUCUUGAUUUCCAGUUCAAAAUCACUCAUUAUGAGCAUGUUCACGAAAUCAAAGACUCGCCAAAAUAUGGAGUAUACGUUAAUGGAUUAUUUAUAGAGGGUGCACGAUGGAACAGAAAAAAGAUGGAACUCGACGAGUCUUUCCCAAAAAUAUUAUUCGAUACUUUACCAAUAAUAUGGUUAAAACCGGGAAUCAAGGCCAAUUUUGUUAUAGAAAAUGUUUACCGCUCACCACUUUAUAAAACAAGUGAAAGACGAGGUGUCCUUGCAACAACUGGCCACUCAUCAAAUUUCGUCAUAUUUAUUUUAUUAAAAACAUAUUUAAAUGAAUCCCACUGGAUUGAUCGAGGUGUUGCAUGUCUUUGCCAACUCGAUGACUAAAAUAUAACAUAAAUCUAUAAUUAUGCAGUCAACAGAUUAUUUCAA